UCUCUCUGUCUCUCUCUGUCUCUCUCUGUCUCUCUCUCUCUCUCUCUCUCUCUCAAGUUUCCUAUCUCCUCAAGAUCAGGGCAAAGGAAAGAAAACACCCAGUUCCGCUUGCUGUUUCAGAGUGGCAAUGAAGACGAAAUUGAGCAUGUACAAUAUGCAGUUGCUACUUCUUGUUUUCUUGAUGUGGGACCCAGCCAGGUUGGUGCUGGCUAACAUCCAAGAAGAUGAGGCUAAAAAUAACAUUACCAUCUUCACAAGAAUUCUAGACAGACUUCUGGAUGGUUACGAUAAUCGUCUUAGACCAGGACUGGGAGACAGUAUUACCGAAGUGUUCACUAAUAUCUACGUGACCAGUUUUGGCCCUGUCUCAGAUACAGAUAUGGAAUAUACAAUAGAUGUUUUCUUUCGACAAAAAUGGAAAGAUGAACGGUUAAAAUUUAAAGGUCCUAUGAACAUCCUUCGACUUAACAAUUUAAUGGCUAGCAAAAUUUGGACUCCAGACACCUUCUUUCACAAUGGGAAAAAAUCAGUAGCUCAUAAUAUGACAAUGCCAAAUAAGCUUCUUCGAAUCCAGGAUGAUGGGACUCUGCUGUACACAAUGAGGCUUACAGUUCAAGCUGAAUGUCCAAUGCACUUGGAGGAUUUUCCAAUGGAUGCUCAUUCAUGUCCUCUGAAAUUUGGCAGCUAUGCUUACACAACCUCAGAGGUCACUUAUAUUUGGACUUACAAUGCAUCUGAUUCCGUACAAGUUGCUCCUGAUGGCUCCAGGUUAAAUCAAUAUGAUCUGUUGGGCCAAUCAAUUGGGAAGGAGACAAUUAAAUCCAGUACAGGUGAAUAUACCGUAAUGACAGCUCAUUUCCACUUGAAAAGAAAAAUUGGGUAUUUUGUGAUUCAGACAUAUCUGCCUUGCAUCAUGACUGUCAUUCUCUCCCAAGUGUCAUUCUGGCUUAACAGAGAAUCUGUGCCUGCAAGAACUGUGUUUGGUGUAACAACUGUUCUAACAAUGACAACACUGAGCAUCAGUGCCCGGAAUUCUCUCCCCAAAGUGGCUUAUGCAACUGCCAUGGACUGGUUCAUUGCUGUUUGUUAUGCAUUUGUGUUCUCUGCCCUAAUUGAAUUUGCAACUGUUAACUACUUCACCAAAAGAGGAUGGGCUUGGGAUGGGAAGAGUGUAGUAAAUGACAAGUCCCCUUCAAUAAAAGCUGAAGGCAUUAUACUAACAUACAACUCAGUGAAGGCAAUUCUUCAAGGAGCUAAGCUAAUAUGGUCCAAGUAUAUAGCUUUCUCAUGGCCCAAUUUAAUCCAAGGAAAGACUUUAGAGUACUUAGAGAAGUGGAUGGACUGUAUAACCUUCAAACAAUCUUCUAAAAAAGAGAAGUCCUCUGUCAUGAUACAGAACAAUGCCUACGCAGUGGCUGUUGCCAAUUAUGCCCCGAAUCUUUCAAAAGACCCUGUUCUCUCCACCAUCUCUAAGAGUGCAGCCACACCAGAACCCAACAAGAAGCCGGAAAACAAGCCAGCCGAAGCCAAGAAGACCUUCAACAGUGUUAGCAAAAUUGAUAGAAUGUCUAGAAUAGUUUUCCCAGUUUUGUUUGGUACAUUUAAUUUAGUUUACUGGGCUACAUAUUUAAACCGGGAACCUGUAUUAGGGGUCAGUCCUUGAAUCUAGACACAGGCUAACUUUGGGAUGGAUAGCGACAUUAAGCUUGGUUUGUUUUGCUAUGUACAGUCUGACUAAUAACUGCUAAUUUGUGAACCAACAUGUAUAGUGUGUAUAUAGCGAUGUAGCUUACCAGUACACCUCUAAUGGAGACACGCAUUUGCUCACUUGAAGAACUGCAAGCAGAAAGCACCCCAUGCCUAAAUGUUGUUUUGAGAUUUACCCUAGGGACUGGUUUAAGGUGAGUUUCAGAUGACCUGACUUAUUGCCUCUUUUAAUAGCAAUGAAAAUGCAGAGCCUAUACCACACUUGAGGAACUCUUCUGACGUAGGUCUUAAUUGGAAUAUUUUCUACUGUUGCCUAACUAUAAUGUAAGAUACCAUUGUCAUUCCAAGGCAAAUUCUUCUAAAUAACAGAAUCUCAUAGCUGCAACAUCAGUUCCCCUCCUGAGUGCUCAGAAUCCCUCCUAGCGUAAUUGGAAGCUUAGUGCACCUCUGAAGAAAAACUUAGCGAUUUGACAUCAGCUUUUAAUUACUAUGUAUAGUAUCUAUAGCCAUGUACAUAUUACAGCAUGACAAGCUCAAAUAAUUAUGAGUAGCCCCUGACAGGAUGUUAAUUAUGCCUAGAAUUUAAUAACUAUUGGAAUGUCAUGGUCAUUGCAUUUUUAGCGUCAGCUUAUUUGAAAGUAAUAAAUGAAAUCCAACAGAUCUUUUUAAUCACUGGAAUCUACCUUAAAUUAAAAAAGGUAACAUUAAAUGUGUCUUACUCUUUCCAGGUAUGAGUUGUAUUGACAUUGAUCAGCUAAAUUUUCUUGGUGCUGGAGACUGAAAAAAGCAUCCAAUUUGGCUGCUGUGGAGCAACAUUCAUAUUGGAUUAGAAAAUUGUGCCAAAAACUCCCACCAAUGAGAAUUCAUAGGUGUCGCAGAUUAUAGAUGAGCACUUAUAUGAUUCUCUUCUUUCCUGUUUACUGCAAAUUCUGCCUUAAGGCUUCUUUUCAUCAGGACUCAGAAGCCACUAAUUACAAAGGAAAGAGCAGUUAAUUGGCACAUUUUUCUGUCUUGGAAGCAGUGCUUUCAGAUAAGAAUUAAUGUAAAUCUGCUUUUGUAAAUUGCAACUUUAAAUUUCGCUGACUCAAAUUUACAACAGCUUUGUAUACCAGAAGAGGUUUUGGUAAGAGUUGAACAUUUUUAAACUGAAACUUCAAAGCGUUACCAACAGAUUGUGAAUUAAUUCACAUGCACAAACACAAUACACAAUUAGCUAAAUUAGAACACACACACAUACACAAACACAUAGCUAAAUUACAAAACCACAGUUUUCAAUUUUAUAUAAUUGCCAAAUAUUCAUUUGCUAAAAAUUCAUUUUUCAUUUAAUAUUUAAAAAAUACUCUCUAUGCCCCUGAAAUAUGUUAAUAGAAGUUAACAAUUGUGUCUCAUGCCUAGAUUCAACGUUCUGGUAAACUUAAAACACUUUUGACUCACAUAUACAUUAGCAGUUAUUAGUUGACUUUUACUAAUAGGUACACCUUUAUGGUGGUGUUUUUGUAGAAACAUAAGUAGUCCAAUAGUGGCAUUUCUUGCAAUUUUGUACAGUAUUUCAGUAUAGUGCAUUAAUAGGUAUAAAAUCAAUAAAAGGAAUAUCUUACUGAAAUAAGCAAAAUCACAACAAAAAUUUCUGUUCCUUUGCCUCGUUAAAGUUUUAUUUUUCUCAUUUUCUUUGUUUUAGUGUGAUUCUAUUAUGUGCUUUGCAUGAUUGUAUUAUUACCAAGGUCACAAAUGCAUCUUAUCAACAGAAUUUGCCAUGAAGAUAGACUUGAAAUUCAAAAUUCCCUUACAAGAGGUAAUCCAUCAUCCUUAUUAAAAUAAAUUGUUACAUGAGCCAAUAAAUGCAUUUCUUUAAUUCCCUUUCAAUAACAUCUUCUUUGUCAUCUAAAUAGUUUGAAAAUGUGCACUUUAUUUCUACAUUGGGAAAUGGAAGAUAUCCUAUUUUCGUAUACAUUUAAAGCAUAGCUCUUCUGUGUAGUUUAGGGGAGUGUGCAGUAGUCUAAGAAUGUACACAAUGCUUGAAGGCAAGCAAUAAAAAUGCUUCAUACAGUAUGCAUUAUUAGACAAUUUGAAAAUGUUGUUCUUAUAAGUUCUGCAUUGCCCCCUUAAUGUCUGACUAUAAAUUAUAAAUUUAUAAAUAUGUACACAUGUAAAAAUAGUUGUAAAUAGCAUUUCUGUAGGACAAAAGAAAAGACUCAUCUAUAUCUCUGGCAAAGGGCUGCACCUACAUUGAUGGCACCAGUUUUAUUCAAAUUUGUCGUAGACUGACCAGAAAAGUUAUCAUUAGUGUUAUUUUUAUUUUUAGUUUCAGUUGAAAAUCUUAUUUUAGCCUGAUGACAUCCUAACAGUUCAGAUUUUCUGAUAACAUGGAUCAGGAUUUUCUAUUAUUUCUCUUUGUUGUAUUUUUACACACAUUUUACUCUUUUAAUGUUUAAAGAAAUCAAAAGGAGCCUUAGGUCUUGCUGGAGAGGAGAAUGCUCCAUGGAAAAUGAUUUUAUAUUAUAAAACCAUAGCCUUCACAAUUAUCUUCCCUUCUAUAAACCAUUUUGAAACAGAAAUGUGACAUGGAUUUAUUAAAAUAAGACUAAUUUUUCAGGAAACGCAUUUCUAAUAUGCUAAUAGUCAUCGCUUUGGACCAUAAUAUUAUGCCUAUUUUAUGCAGUUGUACAUUGACAUAAAGGGUUAUGGUGUGUAAAAAAAUGUAGAUAAAUACAUGUACAUAUAUAGAGAUAUAAUCUCAUUUUGUAUAGCUACUACUGUGAUUCAGCUAAUAUUUAUUCAACAAAUGUUUUUUUUGCCUCCUACUAUGUGCCAUGCAGUGAAGAGGGUGUUAAUACCACUCAUGUCACACCUACAGAAUUCAGUUAAAAAAUUAAAGUACAUCUCAUUCUUAUAAAGAGUGAAAAUCAAAGAGUAAAUGGAACAGCAGUUAAGUUAGCACUGAACGUUGUUUAAUUAGCUAUGAGCUCACUAGUGUGCUAAGAUAGUGGCUGUUUCUCUCUUUUCUCCUAUCUAUGUUCCUAGUUGUUUGAAUAUAAAAAUGGAAUUAAUAUAACCAUUUUAUAUUUUUUAAACUCGUGAUUUUUUUUUAAGUGCCAGUCUUAAUGUUUAGCAAUCUUUUCAGGGAUCUCUCUAUUUUGAAUUUAUCUCAGGUUUGGAUAAGUGAUCCCCUUAAGCCACAUUUGCCCUUUUUUUCUUAAAUAGUUCAUAGUUUAUUUAAAAAGA